AUGGGGAAGGAUGAUAAUAAGAAGGAAGAAGACAGUGAAGUGUACGAGGCAGCCAUGACUCUUUAUAUGAUGAGUAAGAGCAAUGAAGGAUCAGUUACGCGAUUUCUUCCAACAAGUCGUCUCACAACAUUCCCGCAGGGCGUAACGUUAUUUAAGAAGCCCAAAAAGAAAAGGCAUUACAUCAACGACAACGUCCACAAUAACAAUAACGUCAACGUUGACGAAGAACGACAACCAUCUUCAUCAAGAAACAAACAAGUCAACCAAGAAGCUCCUCCUGAUCCACCCAACAACAACAAUGACGGCGAAGAGCGUCGGGGGAUGCCACCGGUGCCGGCGAUCAGGGACGUGAUCGGGCAGUGCAGCCGGGCGUACGAGAAGAGGCUGACGGUAAGCGACGUGGCGGAGGCGCAAGGGCGGCUGGCGAUUGGGAAGGAAUUCGUGACCAAAUAUUUGGCUCCAAUGUUUAACAACAAGGAUGAGAAUGAGAAUCUGAGAGAGGGAAUUGAAGUGACGGUUUAUAACAGAGAAGGGAGAGAAUUCGGUAUGACGUUUAAGAUUUGGGCUUCAAAAUUGUACGUGCUCAUGAAAGGGUGGAAGCCGUUCUGCAAAGCCAAUAAUUUGACGCACGCCCACGCCGGAGAGUUCCUCACUUUAUGGAUGUUUCGCCAUCGUCGCACCCACGGCCUCUGUUUUGCCAUUAUUCUGGGAACACCCAUGAACCACCCGCCCUGAUGGGCCUCCGUUAUUCACCAUCACGGCCCAUUAUUCCACGGCCCAUUCAAAACCUUUUCUUUCUUUUUUAUUUUUUGGCUUUCUGCAAAGGAAACCUACACCGCUUU